GCGUUAUGAUACGUUUCAGUCCAGCACCGGAACGAGAUCAUCCUUCUUCAGAGUCAAUAUGACCAGCGUCUUCGACGAUGUCCUCUUGCUCGAGCGCCACGACGACGGCCCGCGCGUCGUGUGGCGCUACCUCUCGGACCCGGCGUGCGUCAGCGGCAACAACAACUUUAGCCUGCCCUAUGGCCUCCCGCCCAUCUGCGUCCCCGGCGCGGCCAAAGGCCAGCGGCGCGGCGCCGAGUUUACGUUUACGAUCUCGGACGGGCGGUCGCGCCAGCUCUACGGCCUCGUCAAGCAGGUCGCGCUCAAGCCCGAGACGCCGGCGCUCGUCGCAUGCAUCCUUGGCCCCAAGCCGCUCUAUGUAUGGCUCGCGUGGAUCUUGCGGCUCGUGCACGCGCGGCUCCUCCACGAUCCGACCAAGCGCACGACCAUGAGCCUCCUCAACGCCAUACGUAGCGCGCACCACGACGGCCCGCUCGUCUUUGCCGACAGCUUUGUCGGCGAUCUCAAGACGUAUACGUUUCCGCUGCACCCGCCCGGCGCGUUUGGCGCGCGCGCGCUCGAGCCCCAUAUCCUCAACUACCGCGCGUUCACGACCAAGCUGCAGACGCCCAGCGCGCUCCUCGUGCUGCUGAGCGCCCUCCUCCUCGAACAGCGCGUGCUCCUCGUCCACGACGAACACGACCUUCUCACGGGUCUCUGCCACCUCCUCCUUCGCCUUCUCUCGCCGCUCGUCUGGAAGCACAUGCUCAUUCCUGUCUUGCCGAUCGAGUUGCUGCAUUAUGCCAGCGCGCCGAUUCCCUACCUUCUUGGGAUGACGACUUCCGUGUACAAAGCCGCCAAGCUCUCGAACGUGCUGGUAUUCCACUUGGACGCGGGCAACGUCGAGUUUCGCGACCUCCUCGGGGCCUUCCCCACGCUCUGCGACGAGUUCCCCUCCGCACCGACUAGCGGGACCGUGCCCUUUGAGCGCCUCGGGACACCGAUCUACCGUGACUCGACCAGCGCGCUCUCGGCUUUUCGCCGGGACCUCCUCCAUGCCUUUGAAGCCGAGCCAGAGACGCUCGAAACGUGUGUGAAUGCGCUCCUGUACCACCUCUUUGCCGACGCCUCGUCGUUUCUUCGAUCGUCGGCCAAGCAAGGCGGUGCGUAUGUGGACCUACCGGGGUACCUCGCGGCGCGGCGCCCCCUCGACACGCCGCUACUGCACCGGUUUGUGACGGCAGUGGCAGCAACGCCCAUGCUACAAGCGUACUGCAGCGACCGUCUCGCAGGGCUUCGUACCCGGGAUACCUACCACGGCCCGCUGUACGUGUGUAUCCAGGGCAAAGACUUUCACUACGCCCAGCUGCGCCGCAACCUCCAACGCCGAAGCACGCAAUCGCAAGAGUACCCGCAAGUGACGCAGCUGGUUGCAGGGAUGUGGACGCAGUCGGACCGCUUCCACGUGUCGCUCGCCGACGUUCGGCCGCUCCUCGACGCAACGUACCACAUGGACCACUGCGGCAUUGUCAUCGACAUGCUCUGGGAACGACUUGGCGAUGCAAACGACAGCACGGUGGCAACGGCACUGCAAAUUCUCGUGUACCUGAUGCUGGAUGGCUGUGAGAUUGUGACCGAGUACCUUCGCUUGAAGGAGUGCCAGCGCAACCACUGCCGCAUCCUCAAGCGCCAUGGCUUUCGUGGCAUCGUCCACGGCGCAACGCAGCUCCUGGACUUUAUGAGUGGCCCGGAGCGUCUCUAUACGAUCCGCACGAGCAACUCAACGACGCAAUGGCUCUCGAGAGUGACGUUCCCGCGCCUCGAGCUCAAGCAGCGGUAUGCGCUGCCGGCGUUCGGGGAUCUGCACCACAGCGUCGGCCGCUUUUACCAGCCAGUGCACUCGGUGGACCUCCUCAACCUCCACUUGGACGAGAGAAAAGCCGUCGCGUGCCCCCACGACCCGUUUGAUACGACUGCGACGUAUCCCCAGCACUGGCGCUAACUUGAGGUGAUCUAUGUGAUGGGCCCUGUCUAAACCCACGCCAUUUUGCAC